AUACGAGCUUCAGGUCGUCGAACACAACCGGCAGGUUUCCUAACAUCGACAUCAUGACUCCUACAACACACACACUGCUUAUUGCUGUUAUUUCCCUCUGCGGGCUGGAGGAAACAGUCCUGUCUGAGCGCGCACACUGCAUCGGGAGUCACUGCUUUGUGCUUUACCAGGAGCCGCAGGACUUUCCAGGAGCACAGAAAAGCUGCAAAGACUCGGGUGGACAGUUAUUAGAGUUCAGCUUGGAACACGUAGAGAAGCUAUUUAACAGUUCGCUCAGCGGUAAAUACUGGUUGUUGCUGCGCAGCACCGACAGGUCACCGGAGGAAGCUGCGGUAGGUCCUCAAAAGUGCUCCUCCAUAUCCGUGUCGAGGGAGCGGAAUUUCACGGUGAUGUGGGAGCCGUGUCGCGGCAUCCUGGACGGAUUCAUGUGCCAACAUGUUUUCGUGGAUCAGGAAAUGUGUAGCGGCUUACAGGCAGGAGCGCAGGUGGAGUUUCAUUUGGGUGAUUGGAAUUUCGAGUUCGAGGAUUCGGAAAUGUAUCCAGGAGGAUCCGUCGCCGUGGUGGGAAAGGUUGGCGCUGAAUAUCCGGAGUCGAGGCAUCUGUGUUAUGGAGAUUGGCUGCGAGCUCCCUGGAAAUGUGAGGUGAUGAAGGGCGGCUGCGAGCACGGCUGCGGCAACGGCACCUGCACCUGUCCUGCAGGGAAGAUACUCCACCCAAACAACAUCACCUGCACUGACGGUCCGUGCGCCCAGAACCCGUGCACAGGUGUGGGUGAGGAGUGUCAGGUCACCCAGGGAGGGUUCGAGUGCACAUGCCAAGAGGACUUAGAAAAGGAGGAUGGAGUGUGUGUGAACAAAACAAUCUGUUUCGAUUGUGAGCACAUGUGUGGCAAAAUCAAUGGGGUUUAUCAGUGUGAAUGCAUGAAGGGCUUCAUGGUGUCACCUCAUGACCCCACUCUGUGUGAUCUGAUCUGCACUGGGAGGGACUGUGUAGCAAGGUGCAUCUGGAUUGACAAAAAAUAUCAGUGUUUCUGCCCUGAUGGCUACAUUAAAGACGAACGCGCAAACGACAGUAAACCCUUCUGCACAGACAUAAAUGAAUGUGACUUCAACGACGAUUGUGAUCAAACGUGUGAGAAUUUAAACGGUAGUUUCAGAUGUUCCUGCAAUGAGGGGUUCGAGCUGCAAGACGACCUGUACUCGUGUGUACAAAUGGACGUUGAAGAUGGAUCAGGCUCCACUACUCCAUACCCGACACAACCCAGCACUCCCCAAGCACUCGCAGUGCCCUCUUACAUCAAGACCGGGAGCGUCCUAGGUAUCACUGUGUUCAUGGUGCUGUGUGUGGGGCUGCUGUUUUUCAUGAUCCGAAACAUGUGCAAACGUUGUGGCAAGUUUGACCUUUCCCAAUUCAAACAUCCAGAUAUAGAUAUUUUCUAUCUGCAGCAGGUGACCACAGAGACCUAUAAGAGGUUAUCCUUCGACAAACAGUUUAAAAAUGACUCACAGAUACUUUAAUCACACAUAUGCCGCGUUUUGACCUUCUUUUAAUGCCACAUUGCACUGUUUCCUCUCAUCGGAGCUGUUAAAUACACACUAUGGGAUUUUUUCCACAGAUAUAGGCAGUGUUCAGAGGAAAUUGUAAAUGUAUCUAUAAAGCUGCAAUCACACUCUGUAAAGUCAGAUAUGGGACUAACAGCCUAAUGCUUUUUAUGAAUGUAGAAAUAUUUCUUUAUAUGGAGUUGUUGUUAAUGUGGCUUAUACUCUUGUUGUUCCAGAAAUAGAAAAAAAAGGUUUCCCCUCACAAUUAGGCCAGUAUUUGGAGUUACAGAUAACUAUCAAAGGUAGCGCUUUCUAUGACGCCCAUGUCUGUAAUACAUUAACAACAUACUUAUGAUGCAUUAUAAUCUGCUUAUAGCACUAUAUUAUGAUUGUUAUAUUCAUAAUGCUUUAUGACAAUCACCAUAGCACAAUGAUAACACAUAAAGUAAAAUAUUCUAAUACUUUAUAACUGCUGGUCACUCACAGGAUCACACUGUAUUAUAAUCCUCAUGGUUAUAUUUUUAUAAUGCAUUAUAGACAUUAGUUUGCGAAAACAAUAUCAGUAAGUGACCAGAAGCCAUUAUAAACUGCUAUAUAAUGUGCAAUGAUUAUUGUUGUAAAGGAUUAUGAAUAUGUUUAUGAAUUUAUAAGUAUAAUAAUGCUGUGCUAUAAGUUAAAUGUUAUUAAUAUGCAUUGUACACAUUGGCUUCAUAGAAAGUGUUAGCAAUAUGUUAUUGAGAAUAAUAACAUGCUGUUAAAUGGAAAAAAUGUCUCAUGGUAAUGGUACUUUUAAAAAAAAUGGUAUGAUCAUAUUUUAUCCUAAUUAUAGAGCAGUUCCCUUAACAGUUUUAUAGAUUCAGUAAGAUAAAACGUUUCUUUCAGUGCCUUUAUAGACAAAAUUAUUUCAGAACAGAGCUUCCUUUUUGAUUGAUUUAAUUUUGUUGCUGUCUAAUUACACUGAACUGUAGGCUACUGUAGUCAAGACAUCGUCAUUUUUUAUACUAUGUUUUAUUUUACGUAUCGAAAGUGAUGUAACAUUCCACAUAUUGGCUGUAAUAUACACUGUAUUUGUGAACUACUUCAGAUAAAUGUUUAUGGUUUUUUUUAUCUUUUGGAAAAAUGCACAUUAUUUGUGUCUUUGUGUUAAACAACAUUCUGACCUACUGUGCACAUGUGCAAACGUUGUGGAAAAUUUAAGCUUCCCCAAUCAAACAUUUAUAUCUGCAGCAGGUGACCACAGAGACCUAAAAGAGGCUAUCCUUCAACAAACAUUCACACGUAUGCUUCGUUUUGACCUUCUUUUAAUGCCACAUUGCACUGUCAACUGUCAGCAGACACCACUCAACUGUGACUGAUGUCUGCUACAUGGUUUUGCAUUUGGAUUUUGUGACAUUUGAGACAGACAUGUAGUUGUGAAGCAGAUGACUAGAAACUGAUAUAUUAGCAUAUUAAUAUUUAUUCGUAAACUUACAGCUAUUGGUAUUUCCGUGUGGAUACUUUGGACAAAAGCCAUUCUGCUCUUCUUGAACACUGAAUUAUGACUUAAUAAGUCUUGAUUUGGGGACACAUAACUUUACUGUAUAACAGACUGCUUGUGGAGCCACUGAACAUGAAUGUAAAACUGCUGCUAUGGUCUACAUAAAUGAAAACACUCUUGUUCUAAUAUGCCCAGCCACUACAUGACUGUAUAACAGGCUUAUUGCAAGAUUUCACUGAAUUGAGUGUUUGACUUUUGUCGGUGAAUAUGUCAUUAUUGAAUGAUAAAUAAAGUAAUAAACAAAAAAGUUGAUUUAGCUUGAUCUGUGA